AUGAGUGCACUACCUAAAUUACCACUGCUGAUCUUCGAUAUUCACUAUGUUCAUCAAGGAAUGACAUUAGAUGUGGAAGCAGUACCACUCUAAGUGCAGGAAAUAAAUUUCAAACAGUUGUUGGAUAUGACUUGCUUGCUUCUACUGAUGAUAUUUGCUAUUUUCACCUCAAAAUUAAUCUGCACAUCAUUCAGCAUUUACUCUGGGGUUGAUGUCUAGACUGCAACCAAUAAAACAGUUCCAAAAUUUAAUACAACUUAUAAAUUUUCAACAAGGAUUAGUGGAUAAAUUCAACAAAUAUAUAUUGUAGCAAGGCCAGACAUUGGAAGCAGUAUCCCUGCUAUUUAUAGUUUUGCAUAUAGAUUUUACACUCCAAACUACAAUUAAGAUUCCACACUUAAGAUCGUCACUGGCUUCAAUUACACGAACUCUGAGAAGUAUCAAAUCUCGCAAAUGACUUUUAUCAUAAUAGCUUGUUCAUGUGCUGGUGGGAUAUUAAUAUUUUCUAUUUUCUUCACUUAUAUUUGCACAAAGUUUCAGUACUAUGUAUCACCUCCUUCUGAGCAUGUUAAAUUUAUGGAAUAAAGGAGACAAGAUGAACUGGAAUUCAGAAAAUCUGUACUUAGGGAGAAAUCUAAAAGCUAUUCUAAAAGUGAGUGGAAUAAGUAAAAAGGAAACGAGUCUUUUGAAGAUGACGAAAUGCGAGCAACUACCGAUUAUAAGCCUAAUAAAAAUGGGAAAAACAUAAGCAUUAAAGAUUCUAAUAAAAGAGCCAAAAAUUCUAGAAGGAAUUGA